AUUCCCUACGGUCACCCGUCCAUCUUCACCUCGGCAUUUCUGAAUAUGGUUGCCUGCGUCAUAUAUAAACCCCUCGGGUUACUUAUAUGCAUAAUUUGUGAGAUCGGUAUCUCCACUAAAUGUCUCUCUUCCCACCGACAGAAGCAUCACGACGUGCCCGCGCUUACCGCCGAACAGAUCUCGGCGUUGGAGGCCUACAAACUUCAUGAGUCGGACAUCUUCGAGGACUGGGACAAUGCCAGCCCCGUUGUUCCCGGGAUCCCCUAUCAAGAAGGAUAUAUGUGCACGUUUCAGGGCUGCUGCUUCGCCACCACCUCAGAGCAGCGUAUCCGAACUCACAACAACCGUCAUCUCACUCGCAACAAUUGGAAGAGCUGCACUGUGCAGGCUCUUUAUGCCAGCAUGCAAAUAAAGUACCCGGUAGUCGUCCCUGACUCUCCUCCUGCACUACAUGCAGCUCCACCAGGGUCUCAAGAUUUGCUCGACCAGGUGGAAUCCUUCUACGAGCAGCACCGCGUUCUGCACAAGGGACGUUUGGGACCGCCUAUGGACAGAGCUCACCUGAACCCUUUUCUGGCCAAGUAUAACUGGCUGGAGGUGAUCAAGGAUGAGUCGCCUUCUGAUAUCGUGGAGUGGGUAAAGAUGCCUGAGAGAGAUGAAGGCGAGUUGACCGGCAUCCUGCCGUGUUUUCAGCGUUAUUUUGGCGAGAUAAUCAAGCUGCUGACCGAUGAGAAUGCAUUUCGAAAGACUCGGAUACUGCGGGCUGUCAACACCACAAAAUCUCUCCAUGACCUCAAUAAUCGACCCUUCAAAGCACCGAUGCGAAAGCAAACGGUCCACCGCUACGUGGCAACAUUUGCCAAGUUGAUCGCAUUUGUAUGUCGAGCAAAGGACGGUCAUCUCAAACGUGCCAGCAACUCCACGGUUCGAAAGGUAGCUCUGGCGAGCAAUAUACAGCGCCGUAGCAAGCAACUUCUUAUCAGCAUGGACGAACGCCAGGCCGCUCAUUCAGCUUCCCAUGAGCUGGCAAUGGUACUGCUAACGACACUGUAUCCGCCUACGACGCCUCUUGAAUGCCCAGGCAAGCUCUUUCUCAUCUUCAGCUGCGUCAAGCUUUCCGGUCAAAUACUGGAUCCCAUCCACAUAAAUCCAUUUAUGAGCGAGUUGAGAUGGUGUUUGAGAGCCGCGGCUUUCUAUCAGAUUUGUCUGUUGUUCGAAAACGCUCCCACUUUGAUUUUGGAGAACAAUCCACAGGCUCUGAUUGAAGAAGUCCACAGGUGGCUCCGGGAUGAUUGCAUGAAUCUUUUUGGCGACCUGCUGGAGAUAGGACAUUUUCUCUCGUUUGUCACUGCCAACACGUCCCUGCUUCCCCGAAUGAUGUGGGCAGAUCUUGAAGGCUCCGCUCUCAGUUUUGAUGGACGACUUAUUGCUAUUGCCGACGUCGUAAAUCUGUACCGCAUCCUCAUGGAGGAGACAAAGGUUCAGCUGUAUGAAGUUGUGCUAUUGGGGGCUGCUUUACCGAACAUCGAUCAGGAGCACAUUUACGAUGAUUUGAGUUGCCUUGAUCAGGACUACUCAUUUCUAUCCGACAGAAGGAACCGGUUCUGGGAGCAUGGAUCAGCGUUGAUGAAAGAAAUGAUGUCGACUUUCUCUAAGCGUUUUGUCGCGUCGCACAACUCUAGCGGCGUGGUGUGGCACCAGGGCCAAGUCAGGCGCUGGAUGAAGGAUUGCGAGGACUGCCUUCAGAAGCUUUUUCUUCUCUAUCAUCUGGGCUCUGGACAGCCUGCUCGAGGCACCGAGCUUGCCAUCAUGUCCUGGAAAAACACCAACAUUCACCCUAGGAACGUCUACUGGUUCUCCGGCCAUUUGAACUUCGUGUCGCGCUAUAACAAAACUCAGACCAACCAGGAGAAGGAGCGGGUCAUUUCUCGGAGCAUGCCUCCAGAAGCUGCUCAGCUGAUGAUAGCGUACCUCACGUUCACUUUAGCCGUGCUCGCUCUCUACCUCAGCUCCGAUGGGCAAGACUUUCAGUCUUCCGCUGGAUAUGAAGAACAUCUGUUUAACGGGCUGCAUGGGCCAUGGGACUCGGAUGACUUCUCCGACAUCCUUAUCGCCCAUACCGGUAGACCAGUCUCCGAGGGUGGACUGGGUCAUCCCAUGGGCCUGGCCGACAUUCGGCACCUUCUUAUUGGCGUCAUGCGCAAGAACUGCAAACGUCUUGUAUCUGAUCUUGACUUAGAACACUACUUUGACGAGCAGAGUGGGCACCAGGGGGAGGUUGCAAGGGGGUAUGCGGUUGACCACUCAUAUGUCCAGUCCGUCUCAAGCGAUCACCUGCAAAAGUUUGUGGCUCUUAGCCGCGCUCAUCACGCCCUUCUCUUCCCUCCAGCUGCUCCUGCCACCUCCCUGCCAGGCCACUCCCCGCAGGAAAAGCCGCUUCCCAUCGAUGUUGAUGUUCAUAUGCUAUCGGAAUUAGCUAUCGCGCCUCUGCAAUCUGCCCUAACGCCCUUGGUGGUGAAAGCGAUAUCAGACGCUUUUGCAGCAUAUACCUUUCGUCAAACCUCUCAGCCAGUUCAGGAGCUCUGUGCAGGUCCCCCUCCCAUCAACCCCCUGCGCUUUCAGGAACUUCGGUGCCUCAUGGGUCGUAAUGCUUCCUUUAAAUCCAUAGAGCAGGCCCGUGCUUCGGAGGCUGUCAGUGCCAGGCUCAAGGACCUAAUCAUUGUCCUCGGCACUGGGGAGGGAAAGACCCUUCUUUAUAUGAUGCCAGCAGUCAGCAUUGCGGAGAAAAACCUUGCAUCAGUUGUGAUCGUUCCUCUCAAGGCCUUAUUGGAUGAGCUUCGCGCUCGCUUUGAGGACAAAGGCCUGCUCACCUUGACCUGGAGCCCUGGAACAAAGACUUAUGACGCCAGGACCAUCUUUGUUUCUGUGGAGCAGCUAGAAUGUCCAUCGUUUUUCGAUUAUCUCCGAGAAGGUGUUCAGAAAGGCGCUCUCUCCCGCAUCGUCAUAGAAGAAUCUCAUUAUGCCUUAACCUCCAAGCGCUAUAGACCAUGUCUGCUGCUUAUGCCCCGCCUGCGCCAACUCCCCCUACAAAUUGUUGCAUGUACAGCAACACUGCCUCCCGCCACCAUCCCCCGAUUCUUGCAACAUUUCCAGAUGCUCUCCGGUGCUACUGAGAUUAUCCGCGGUGACACUACUAGGAAGGAUAUUUCAUUCAAUGCAUUCACCAUUGUGGCCGGUCAGCUUGCCAUUCCCUCCUCGCUGCGCUUUCGAGAUGCCCAGAAGCGAGAGCAAAGUUACCUCGCGUGGCUCGCGGGCUUGCUUCUGAAUUUACCGGUAGCGGAUAAAAUACUUGUGUUCUGUCAAACGAAGGCGACUGCUCAGGCAAUGGCCAAGGCCUCAAACACUGAAUUUUACCAUUCAGAGCUGCCCGACGAGGAAAAAAAGAAAACCCUGGACGGCUUCAAAGUUGGUGUUGGCGCGCUCCGCGUGCUCUACACUACGUCGGCACUCUCUGCGGGCUUAGAUAUCCGGGACAUACGAGCAAUUGUCCACCUGCGUAAGCCAAGCAACAUGCUGGAUUACGGGCAAGAAUUUGGUCGCGGAUGCCGGGAUGGCAAACCAGGAUGGUCGUUUGUAUUUCAUGACCCAAAGCAGAAGCCUUUGGCUUUACAGGCAGGUCAAGAUGAUACCGGGGUGUCGGAGAUGGCUUCAUGGUUGUCCGUACCAGCGUGUAGGAGAUUAGGUUUGUCGUCGUUCUUUGAUGGCAGGGCUUCUAGCUGCCUUGAAAUGGUGACGGUGCAACUUUGUGAUAUCUGUCAGAUGAUGGUAGCCAAGGUAUUAUUAAUGCUCUCAUAA